AUGCCCCUCGACCCAUCCGACAAGCAAUUGUUGGUCGAAACGCAGCUCCACCAGAUGUCGGUCGCAUCGGAUCGGUUACAGCAAGGCUUUCCAUCAAGGUCGUCAGACGAUAUCCCGACGCCGCUUACUCGUAUUGAGUAUCACUUACCACAUCCGUUCCCAGCUUAUCACAUUGCUAUGCAGGCUAUCGACCAGUACUUCAAAGAGUUUCACAUCGCGCACCCUCUUCUUAAGCGAGAAGCGCUGCAAAGCUGCCUUGAGCAGGCUCCGAACUGGACGACCCAAGAAAGGACCAACUUGACACCCGAAGAGAGGCACGAUAUCUUCCAGCUCUACAUGGCCACUGCUAUUGGGAGUAUCCGAUUGUUUCGAGACAAGAUAUUUGACCAGCAUCCUUUUGGGUUCUUUACGGCUGCAUUGGAGAUGAAUCCUCCUGCAGAGUCUCGUUACAAUACACUUGGGAACAUCGAAAACCUCAUCCUGAUUGCUCGCUUUGGUGUCUAUUAUAAUAUUGGAUGCUCACUAUGGGAGCUAAGUCGUCUCUGUAUCCGGAGUUGCAUCGAGUUGGAUCUACACAGGCGACGCCCUAAGUCAUGCGGAGCUGACCCCUCGCUCCUUCAACAAUCUCAAAGGGUCUUUUGGGAGGCUUAUCUUCUUGAUAGAUUUUCAUCAAGGACUUUGGGGCGUCCUUUUGCAAUAGUGGACAGGCUCAUCUCUGCUGAUAUUCCGAGCUCGUUUCUGGAGACCCAUGGAGACAACAUCUCGGUUUUCCAAUGGCUAGUGGGAAUUGGAAGACUUUCUUCUCAGAUACAAUCCGCGAUGGAGGAGCGAAGACCGAAUUCUGCACCAUUCAGUGCCGGAGCAUCCGCAGCAGCGACUCCCGAUCUUGGUGAAAUAUUAUGCCAGUUGCGUUGUUUUCACCACGAGCUAAGCAGCUGGAACAAGUCAGCACCGCUAUUCGACAAUCCGAGUUGUUUAUACGAGACCAGGGAGUUUUUUGAGUUGACAUAUCAGGAAGAGCGGCUGCGUCUCAUCAGAGCAACCAUAGAAGUUCUGGGCUCCAAAACGAUGCUACCACCUGAUGUACUUCUCGAGCCCUGUCUCCAAGCCGCUCGCGCUAUCAUCUGUUCUUUCGCUUCCUUGCGGGCCAGAAACUUGGUUACUUUCUCAAGAGCGUACAUGCACCUUAUCUUCACCACGGCGUUGGUGAUUGUGGUAGUACUUGAGACACGUAUGCGCCGGCAGGAUGGCCCAGGGCAUAAGACGAGGUCGUCUGGGAUAGAUGCCGAUGAGUGGCUGCGGGAUCUAGUCGAUGAUCGAUGGAAUCCUGAGCCUAAAGAUGUGUGGAAUGACUUAUCAGUAGCUGGAUCUUUGUUGUCAUGGUUGGCGGACUCUAUGCCAGACAUGGCGGUAUACAACCAGUUCUUUCAAAAGUUGCGCCACCAGCUUGAGACGGCGGGAGCAUCUGGAGAACAACCUACGCAGCUCGUGUUGGAAAAUGGUGUGCCAGGUUAUGAACCUAACUCAUCUCACAAUAGUCCGCCUUCCAACACUUCAAGCGCCGAAAAUGAGAUGCCCUUGGAGAGAGGGGACCACCUGGAUACCGGUGGUAUCAACGUUCUUGAUUUCACAAGCAUUCAGAUAGAAAACUCACAGCUUGAUAGUCUGGGUGACGAUGGUAUGCCAGCAGGAUGGCCACUUGCCUACGUUUUGGGGGUAGAGGGCAUUUCGGCUGGCUUGUCGGAGUUUGUGUGGGAUACCGUGGUUCCAUGGGAAGAGUCGCCAGCAAGAUCAUCAGACUUUUAG